AUGUACACGUCGGCGGCGGUACUGAACUCGUGCAACGCAGGUGCGUCGUCCAGGUCGAGGGCUGACGACAGAGAGUACUACUACGAUCUCUUCUACUCGCUCCUAGAAGAAGGCGGCCGGCGAAAUCCACGUCUGGUGCUCGCCGGCGGCGAUGCCGCAGCAGGCGGCGGCGGCGGCCGGGAAGCCGAACCAGCAGGGUGCUGCCCCUUGAGUCGUGCCUGGAAGAUCGCAAUCAGGUCGUUCAUCGUCGUGGCGUGGCUGCUGGCGUCGGCUUUCCUCGUCUCGCUGCUCCCGAUGUGCAAGAGCGGGUCGGAAGCGUUCGCCUGGCUGGCUUCUCUGGUCAUGGUUGCCAUGAUGGCGGCCAUGAUAUGGUUGCUCACACUGGAUUGUUUUAUCGAUUCUCUGUAAGGAUGGGGAUAGUGUUCCAAAUGUAUAUCGAACCACAUGUGUAUCUAUUUGAAACACCACCCCAUCCUUAAUUCUCUGGUGCUGCACAGUUAGACACGUGCAGUCAUACGCUGCCGGCAUUGCCGCUAUCCUGUAGCUGAAUUUGGAGCUUUUUAGGUGUGUACCCUUAGGGUAUGUUUGGAUGUUAUGAAGAAGUAUACAACUUUUUAGGUGUACCCUUAA